AUUGAUUGAUUAAUCAAUAUAUAUUUAACAUAUGAUGAUAGAAUGGAUGAUGAUGGUCAUCAUCAUCAUUGACAUAUUUGAAGAAGACAAAUAUAUUGUAUUGAAAACAGCCAAAUAUAUAUAAAGAAAAAACAAAUCAUAUAAAUCGGCCAAUAUAUAUAUAUAUUCUUUAUUUGAAAUGAUAAUGGCAAAAGAAUUUCGAUAAGAUAAUCUUCUGAUGAAGAAGAAAUUGAUUGUGUGAAAAUUAUGAAGAAACCAUAACAACACGAUAAAUUCAAACUAUCUGCAAACAGUAACAACAAUAAUAAUAAUAAAAAAAAAAAUUCGAAUUUUUUUUUCGUCGUCGUCGUCGUCGUCAUUGUUGUCAUUCAUCCACCAUUUAAAUAUCCGAUUUAGAUCGAUAAUAUAAUUUUUUUUUGUUUUGUUUGGUGGAAUAAAAAAAAAAUAAAAAUAAAAUCCCCGAAUUAGCUGAUACACCGAAAAUCUAGAUAUAAAUGUGAUACGGAAAAAUUCAAACGAACGAAAUUCUCAUAUUCAUUUUUGUGAUACAGUAAACUGAACCAACAAACGAAUAAAACAAAAACAAUGGCAUCCCGUUUAGAUCGAUUAUUUCUAUUACUUGAUAAUGGUUCAACACCUUUAACAAGAAAAGCGGCUGCAUUACAAUUGGGUGAAGUACAAAAAUUACAUCCACAUGAAUUGAAUACAUUAUUGGUUAAAGUACGACAAUAUUUACAUUCAUCAUCAUGGGAAACACGUAUUGCGGCUAGUCAAGCUGUUGAGGCAAUUAUUUCAAAUGUACCGAAUUGGUUUCCAAUUGGAUCAUUAUUAUCCACUAAUGAUGAUAAUGAUGAACAAAAUGAUGCUAAUGAUGAUGAAUGUCGUAUGCGAUUUGAUCGUUAUGAUAUAAUGACUGUUAUUAAAUGUGGCCAUAAUUUACUUGCAUCUGAAGGAAAAGAUUUUGAUGCACCAACAGCCGAUUCUUCUUCUUCUUCGAACACUGUUGUUGUAGCAGCCGAUGCUACAUUAGAUUCACGAGAAAAAAUUGCUCAAAUGCGACAAUCAUUGAAUCAAAAAUUGGGAUUAAGUUUUGCUGAAAAAAUUGGCCUGAAAAUGGAUUUCAUUUCGAAUGCUGAUCUUAUUGCAACGGCUGAUGUUGAAUCAAAACCAAUUGUUGAAAAAAAUUUAAAACUUGAACAAAUCAUACCGAAUGUAAAAACUAGUUCUUCGAUCGUGAAACGUAAAACAUCACCCGAUAUUAAAAUUGAAAAUUCAAAUGAUCCUUCGAUGGCUAAGAAAAUUAAGCUUGAAUCUGUCGAUGAUGAAAAUUCAAAUGAGCAGCAGCAGCGGCAACAACAACAACAAAUUGAUAAUAACAACAUAUUUGAUGGCGAUGAAUGGCCCUUAGCAUGGUUUAGUGAUGAAUUAAUGUCCGAUUUAUUCAAUGCCCAAUGGGAAAUUAGACAUGGUGCAGCCAUUGGAUUGAGAGAAAUUGUCAAACUACAAGGCCGUUGUGGUGGUCGUAUACGAACGGCAUCAUUAUCUCGACAGGAUGCACUAAAUCAACAAUGGUUGGAAGAUUUAUCCUUACGAUUAUUAUCCGUAUUAGCAUUGGAUAGAUUCGGUGAUUUCCUAAGCGAUCAAGUUGUUGCGCCGGUACGUGAAACCUGUGCACAGGUUCUUGGUUUAAUUAUUAAACUUUUAUCAACGAAUGGUGUCCAUAAUGUAUUGGCUAUAUUACUGCAAUUAUUACAAUGUAAUGAAUGGGAAGCACGCCAUGGUGGAAUGCUUGGUCUGAAAUAUCUAUUAGCCAUACGACAAGAUAUGAUUGAACAAUUAUUACCAAAAGUUUUUGAACCAAUAUUUGCUGGCCUAAAAGAUCCAGAAGAUGAUGUAUCAGCUGUUGCAGCUGCCGCUUUAGUACCAAUAAAAGAUCAAUUAAUGUGUUUGAUGCCAGAAAAAGUACCAUUAGUUAUUGCAUUUUUAUGGGAAGCAUUACUUGUACUUGAUGAUCUAUCAUCAUCAACUGGUGAUUUAUUAAUGUUAUUAUCAUCAUUAUUAACAUUCAAAGGUCUCACUACAACCGAUUUUAAAACCGACAAUAAUGAUCAACAAUUGGCUAUAUUAAUACCAAGAUUAUGGCCAUUUCUAUCACAUUCAUUAAGUUCUGUACGUCGUUCAGUGUUGGAAUCAUUAUUAAUAUUGAGUGAAAAAAAUUCAAAUGAAUGGCUAAAUCAAUCAUCAUUAUUAUCGGAUGCAUUACGAUUAUUAUAUCAAAGAUCAUUAAUUGAAAAUCAUACAAUAAUAUUGGAUUUAUUAUAUAAAGUAUGGUUAAAUCUAAUAUCGAAAGCUAAUUAUCAAUGUUUAAUUGAAUCAACAAGAAAUUAUGUAACCAGUUGGAUAUGUUUGAUGAUGCAGCCACAAAAAAUGCCGAUCGAUGUUUGUAAUACACCUGUUUGGUUGGAAAUUAAACACAUUACACAUUCGUUACCAUCAUCAUCAGCAUCGCAUUUGAAAAAUUCUCGACCAUCUACAUCACAACAGCAGCAGCAGCUUUUGUCAUCAUUACCGGCUGAAAAUUAUUUUAUUGGCGGUUCAGAAUCAUUGGGCGAAACAAGUGAAGAACGUGAACGUUGUGCUAUACGUGCCCGUUAUCAAUGUGCACGUCUUAUCGGUGCAUUAGCUUUCUAUCUAACCGAAGAGAAUGGAACACCCUCUUUGAAUGGCGCCGAACAAUCGAAUGUCGAAUCAUCGACAAUUAUUCAGAAUCCACUGGAUAGUUUUGCCUCUCUUCUAUUGAUUCAUUUGAAUACAAAAUCAGCGAUUCAACGAAUGUGUAGUGCAUGGAUUAUUAGAGAAUGGGCAACGGCAAAAGUUAAUCGACAAGGUGAACAACAACCACCUUGGAUAAUCACCAUGAAGAAUGAUGAUAAUGAUGUUGAAGAAUAUGGCGUUGAUCAAAAACGAAAUUCACUCCAAUUACAUAAAGGAUUAGCUGAUCGUUGUAAUGAAUCGUUGGAAGAGCAAAUUUUUUUCGAUGAAAUAUCUGCCUAUGUUAGUAGAGUACAAUAUAAUUUUCGUGAUCUAUUGGCUACCACAAGAACGAAUAAAGUACAAUUCAACGAUACAGAAUUGGCCGGUAAAACUGUGUAUACAUUUCCACAGAUCAAUUCAGUGAUUGAUAAUAUACAACAUCGAUCAUUAAUGGAAAUGCGACAAAAAUUGAUUGAAAUUCGAAAACCAAAUGAUAAACUAAAAUCAUUAAUUGAAUGUCUUGAAGAAAAGAUUUCGUUGACACGUCUUACAAUCACUGAAUUGAAUCAGUUAACAAAUUCAUUGUCGAUCGGUGUCAAAUCAUCAUUAGCAUCAGCAUUAAUUGAAUGGCGUUUCCUGCCUGAUCGUCUUAGUCCAAUUAUAAAACCUGUAAUGGAUUCAAUUAAACAAGAAGAUAAUGAACAAUUACAACGUGGAUCAGCAUCUAGUCUUGUUAAACUACUUAAUAUUUUCCGUGAACGUACCUAUUUGAAUUCAGUACAAUCGACACCAACGGCUAAAAUUAUAAACAAUUUAAUUACAUAUCUUUGUUCAGAUCGAAAUUUCACACCUGAAGUACGAUUAUCCAUCGAUAAUGAUAAUAGUGAUGAUAAAACAAAACGUUCCGAUGCUCAAUACGGUAUCCUAGCAUUGGAUAAUAUGCAAAAAAUUGCCGAACUUAACAUAGCAUUACGACGUUCAAAUUCGAUGAAUAUGAAAAACCGUAAUAAUCAAAAUCAACCAUUAGAUGAUAGUAAUAAUGGUAAUAAUAAUGGAACAUCGACAAUUAUGAAUGAACAACAGCAAGAAAAACAAGGUGAAAUUCAACGUCGUGGUGCUACUAUUGCUCUAUCGGAAACAUGUCGUGCAUUCGGUCAAUAUCUGCCUGAACAAUUACCAUCACUGUGGGAAUAUAUAGCGAAAAUUUCUCUUGAAUCACAAUCACCACCAGCUUUUGAUGAAAAUGGUUUAAAAUCGUGUCGAGAUUUGAUUCAAUCAUUACAAGUAUUUGAAAUUAUUGGACCAUAUCUACAUCAACAAUUACAUUCCUCAUUGAAAGCUACUUUUAAUUUUCUUGGUGAAUGUCUACAGAAUCCAUACAUAACAGUCAGGCAUAUGGCUGCAAGAUGUUUUGGAAUGUUAUCAUCGAUCAAUCUGAAUGUAACAAUGGAUUAUGUAUUGACCAAAGUAUUGGAUAUGCUAGAAGCAUCAGAUUCAGAAUUGAAACGUCAAGGUUCCGUUGAAACUAUUUAUUUUAUAAUUUAUCGUCUUUCAUUGAAAAUUGUACCAUAUAUUGUUCUGUUGAUUGUACCAAUGUUGGGACGAAUGUCCGAUCAGAAUGAAUCGGUUCGUUUAUUGGCAACACAUUGUUUUGCACAGCUAGUACAAUUAAUGCCAUUGGAUAAUGAUCAUCAUAAUCAUCAUCAAAAAAAAUAAUUCAAUUAAAAUGAAUGGUGCAAAACAACAACAACAACAAUUGAUUCAUAUAAAGAAGCAUUAUUAUUAAAUAAUGAAAAUCUACAUUUUUCCGAUGAAUUAUUAAGACGUAAAGAGAAUGAACGUCAUUUUCUUGAACAAUUGAUGAAUAUUAAAAAAUUAGAUGAUUAUCCGCUACCGAUACCUGUACAGGCUGAAUUACGACAAUAUCAACAGGAUGGUGUUAAUUGGUUAGCAUUUUUGAAUAAAUAUAAAUUACAUGGAAUUGUUGCUGAUGAAAUGGGUCUUGGAAAAACAUUGCAAGCAAUCUGUAUAUUAGCAUCGGAUCAAUAUUAUAUGAAACAACGUUUUAUCAAUGGUGAAUCACAGAAUAAACCAUUAUUAUCAUUAGUUAUUUGUCCACCAACAUUGACCGGUCAUUGGAUGUAUGAAGUGGAAAAAUUUGUUGAUGAAAAAUAUUUGAAUCCAAUCAUGUAUCAUGGACCACCAUUUGAACGUGCUAAAAUUAAACAACAAAUUGAACGUGCUCAACAUCGGAUUGGUGCAGCAACAACAACAACAACAAAAUCGGAACGAACAAAAAAUCACCAUAAUCUAAUUAUUGCAUCAUAUGAUCUUGUUCGUAAUGAUAUUGAUUUUUUCUCGGCAAUCAAUUGGAAUUAUUGUAUUUUGGAUGAAGGACAUGUUAUUAAAAAUGGUAAAACAAAAUUGGCACGAUCCAUAAAAACAUUAAGAGCAAAUCAUCGUCUAAUAUUGACUGGAACACCCAUACAGAAUAAUGUAUUGGAAUUAUGGUCAUUAUUUGAUUUUCUUAUGCCUGGUUUUCUCGGUACUGAACGGCAAUUUAUGUCACGUUAUUCAAAACCAAUAUUAGCAUCACGUGAUGCAAAAAGUUCAUCCAAAGAACAAGAAGCUGGUGUUUUGGCAAUGGAAUCAUUACAUCGACAAGUAUUACCAUUCAUUUUGAGACGAAUGAAAGAAGAUGUACUGAAAGAUUUACCACCAAAAAUAAUGCAAGAUUAUUAUUGUGAAUUAAGUCCAUUACAAGCACAACUAUAUGAAGAUUUUUAUAAAAGUCGUGCAAGACAAACAAUCAAAGAUAAUUUAGUUGAUAAAGUUCAGGAACUAUCAUCAUCAUCCACAACGUCAACAAACGCCAAAGAUGCUCGAUUAUCAUCAUCAUCCUCAUCAUCAUCAUCAUCGAUGGAUAUAUCAAAAUCACAUAUAUUUCAAUCAUUACAAUAUCUAAGAAAAGUUUGUAAUCAUCCGAAAUUGGUAUUGACAUCGACACAUCCAAAUUAUGAAAAAAUUAUGGCCAAAUUAAAAUCUGAACAUACAACAUUGGCCGAUAUAAAUCAUGCGGCAAAAUUGAUUGCAUUAAAACAAUUAUUACAAGAUUGUGGUAUUGGUGUUUCACAGACAACUGGACAAGAUCAAACAGCAGCCGAACCAGUUGUAAAUCAACAUCGAGCAUUGAUUUUUUGUCAAUUGAAAAGUAUGUUGAAUAUUGUGGAAAAAGAUCUACUCAAAACACAUAUGCCAUCAGUGACAUAUCUACGUUUGGAUGGUGAUGUUCCAGCUGCAUCGAGAUAUUCAGUUAUUCAUCGUUUCAAUAAUGAUCCUUCCAUAGAUGUUCUUUUGUUGACCAUUCAGGUUGGUGGUCUUGGUCUGAAUUUGACCGGUGCUGAUACGGUGAUUUUUGUUGAACAUGAUUGGAAUCCUAUGAAAGAUUUACAAGCGAUGGAUCGUGCACAUCGUAUUGGACAGAAAAAAGUUGUCAACGUUUAUCGAUUAAUCACAACCGGAACAUUAGAAGAAAAAAUAAUGGGCCUACAAAAAUUCAAAUUAACCAUUGCAAAUACAGUUAUAUCGAAUGAAAAUUCAAGCCUAGAUUCGAUGGCAACCGAUCAAUUAUUGGAUCUGUUUGAAUUAACAACAACCGGUAAUGAGAAAAAAGAACUGGCAAACAACAACAGAAAUGGAAAUUCAACAACAAGCAAGGAGUAUGCUAUUACCGGUGGAUCAUCUGGUCAAGUAUCAAUGAAAAUGAUGCUCGAAACACUUCCAGAAUUGUGGGAUACACAACAAUAUGAAAAUGAAUAUGAUUUAAAUAAUUUUCUACAAUCACUGUCGAAUUUUUCCACCUAA